AUGCCUCCCAACACUCGCAUCAUCCUCUCUUUUCUCUUCCUAAUACUUCCCUUCUUCUUUAUUUCAUCUUUUUCUGAUCCUAAUUAUAACUAUAACCAAAAUAAUGCUUAUGCUGAGCUUAGACCUGACUUUUACGACGAAUCGUGUCCCCGUUUGCCAAUGAUAAUUCGGUAUCAUAUUUGGGCUGCUGUCCAAAACGACUCUAGAAUUGCUGCAUCGCUGUUGCGGUUGAAUUUUCACGACUGCAUUGUUGACGGAUGUGAUGCAUCAGUAUUGCUUGACGAUACGAAUGACAUGAAAGGUGAAAAAAAAGCUCCGGGCAAUGUGAACUCGCUUCGGGGAUUUGAAGUGAUUGAUGCCAUAAAAGCAGAUCUAGAAACAUAUUGCCCACUGACAGUUUCUUGUGCUGAUAUUGUGAAUCUUGCAGCUAGGGAAGCUGUGUAUCUGGUUGGAGGACCAUUUUGGCACCUUCCACUAGGGCGUAGAGAUGGCUUAACCGCAAGCAUAAAAUCAGUUCUUGCACAACUCCCAUCUCCCAAAGCAUCUCUAGAGAACAACACCGCCAAGUUCAUCUCAAAAGGCCUUGAUUUAAAGGAUCUCGUCGUGCUUUCAGGAGCCCACACCAUCGGAUUCGCCCGCUGCGUUACAUUCAAAGGUCGUCUCUUCAACUACAGAGGCUCCGGGAACCCAGAUCCAGACAUAAACGCCGCAAUGCUCUCCGAUCUCCGGUCCAUGUGCCCCAACAGGAACGACGGCACCAACGCCAAUUUGGCGCCGCUGGAUGCGGCCAGUUACGACAGAUUCGACAACGAGUAUUAUACAAAUCUGAUUAGUAAUGUUGGGCUUUUGGAGUCGGACCAGGGUCUGAUGGCGGACCUCCAGACGGCGCGGAUGGUUAGAGAUUACAGUUUUGAUCCGAAUCUGUUCUUCGAUGAUUUUGCGGAGUCGAUGCUGAGGAUGAGCUUGGUUGGGGUUGUGACCGGUCGCGAUGGGCAAAUUCGAAAGGAAUGUGGGGCUGUUAAUAAUGAUGAUGGCUACUAGAAAUUGGAACGGAAGGGGAACCAGAGGAUAAGGAACAUUGCUUGUUGCAAAAUGUCUGUCAUGUAAAACUUUUAUGGAAAAAAAAAAGGGCAAAGAUUAAGAUUUAGAGUCUUCUUUUAUGAUUAGUCUAAUAUGUUAUCAGAUAAUAUAUACAUAAAAAGCUAGAAAAGGUAAAAUUUUGCUCUAAAAGUUUCUAAAUUUGCCACUCUUGUGUGAGUUGAAGUUUUAUGGACUGGGAAUUUUAAUUUGGGAAUGUGUAAGAUGUAGUUGUGUUGGUGACGUGUUGUAUAUUUGGGUAGACUAAGUUAAUCCAUAAAUACAAAAAUUGUUGUGGUCA